AUGCCGCUCCGCGCGGAGACCGAGGCGUACUGGGCGGACAUCGAGCGCGGGAUCGAGAACGUCCCCGCGAGGACCGCGCGGGAGUGGCAGGACGCGGUAUGCCCGAACGCGGCCGCCGCGCGAGACGCGCUCCUCGCGCGGCUCGACGAGAUCGACGCGAGAGAAUCGAACAUCCUCCGCGCGCGACGUCGCGACCUCGCGGCGGCGUCCUUCCUCGACAAGGAGAACGCCGCGCUCGACGACCUCGCGAGGAAGGACGCCGCGGUGCGAAAGGCGGAGGCGUACGUCCGCGGGCGCGCGGAGAACGACCGACCGUGCGGCGUCCGCGGCGGCAUCGUGCCGCACGCGGCGCUGCCUCGCGCGCGCGGGAAUCUCGGCGACGCGUCCGCGUCCGUCGCGAGCGCGCAUCGCGAGCGCGAAGAGCGGUGGGGGAGCGCGGAGAUGUGCUCGCCGCUCAUGGGCGGCGGAUACACCGUCGUGUUGAAGCGCGCGGAGGAGGCGCGCGACGACGCGGCGGCGAAGGCGGAGGCGCUCGAGCGCGAGCGACAGCUGUACUUCCCCGACGACGAGGAGGAGGAGGAGGAGGAGGAGGAGGAAGUGGCGGAGGAAGUGACGGCGGCGCGCGCGCGCGCGAACGCGAACGCGAACGGCGGCGAGGAGGAGGAAGAGGGGGUGAUCGACGCGCUGAGGGGGUGGGGGAUGUGCACGACGCGAGGACGCCGCGCGGCGCGGGGCGGCGGACGCGCCGCCGUCGCCGCCGCGGACGACGACGACGACGGGUUGCCCCGCGCGCGCGGGAGCGGGAGCGGGAGCGGGAGCGGGAACUCGACGCGCGACGCCUCCCUCGCGACGACGACGACGACGGAGAGCGUCGCCGCGAGCGCGAAGGGCGGGUACGGCGCGCAGCUCGCGAUGAUAGGCACCGGGUCGACGACCGCGUCUACGAGGCGAGGCGCGCGAUCCGACGUCGAGUCGCGCGGCAGAGUGUUGUGA